UGGUGCGCCGUGCGGUCCUCCGUCUCCGGAGCGCUUCGGCCCAGCCAUUCACCUAGGCGCCCAGGCCGGUGCGCGCGCGUGCGUGAGCGCGCCUGCGCCGCCCGGGCUGCUGCGAGGGGAGGAGGGAGGCCGGCUCAGGAGGAUCUCUUUCCCCCCAGAAAUUACUCAAUGCUGAAACCUUCCAAAGUGACACUAGAGACAUUGGAAGCACCAUGGAUGGGUUUUAUGACCAGCAAGUCCCCUUUAUGGUCCCCGGGAAAUCUCGGUCAGAGGAAUGUCGAGGGCGGCCUGUGAUUGACAGAAAGAGGAAAUUUUUGGACACAGACCUGGCUCAUGAUUCUGAAGAAUUAUUUCAGGAUCUCAGUCAACUUCAAGAGGCUUGGUUAGCUGAAGCACAAGUUCCUGAUGAUGAACAGUUUGUCCCAGAUUUUCAGUCUGAUAACUUGGUGCUUCAUGCCCCGCCUCCAACCAAGAUCAAACGGGAGCUGCAUAGCCCCUCCUCAGAGCUGUCGUCCUGUAGCCAUGAGCAGGCUCUUGGUGCUAACUACGGAGAAAAGUGCCUCUACAACUAUUGUGCCUAUGAUAGGAAGCCUCCCUCUGGGUUCAAGCCAUUAACCCCUCCUACCACUCCCUUGUCACCCACCCAUCAGAAUUCCUUAUUUCCCCCACCUCAGACAACUCUGCCCACCUCAGCUCAUGCCCCUGGAGCUGGCCCAGUACAAGGUGUGGGCCCUGCACCCACUCCUCACUCACUCCCAGAGCCUGGACCACAGCAACAAACAUUUGCAGUUCCCCGGCCGCCACAUCAGCCUCUGCAGAUGCCAAAGAUGAUUCCUGAAAACCAGUAUCCGUCAGAACAGAGGUUUCAGAGGCAACUGUCUGAACCCUGCCACCCCUUCUCUCAGUCCGGAGUUCCUGGAGAUAACCGUCCUAGUUACCACCGGCAAAUGUCAGAGCCUAUCGUCCCUGCAGCUCCCCAGCCCCCUCAGGGAUUUAAGCAAGAGUACCAUGACCCACUCUAUGAACAUGGGGUCCCUGGGAUGCCAGGCCCCCCAGCACAUGGGUUCCAGUCACCAAUGGGAAUUAAGCAGGAGCCACGCGAUUACUGCAUUGACUCAGAAGUGCCUAACUGUCAGUCAUCCUACAUGAGAGGUUAUUUCUCCAGCAGUCAUGAUGGUUUUUCAUAUGAAAAAGACCCCCGAUUAUACUUUGAUGACACUUGUGUUGUGCCUGAAAGACUGGAAGGUAAAGUCAAGCAGGAGCCUACCAUGUAUCGGGAGGGACCCCCUUACCAGAGGCGAGGUUCUCUGCAGCUGUGGCAGUUCCUUGUCACCCUUCUGGACGACCCAGCCAAUGCCCAUUUCAUUGCCUGGACAGGCCGAGGCAUGGAGUUUAAGCUGAUAGAACCAGAGGAGGUUGCUCGGCGUUGGGGCAUCCAGAAGAAUCGACCAGCCAUGAACUAUGACAAGCUGAGCCGCUCUCUGCGCUACUACUAUGAAAAGGGCAUCAUGCAGAAGGUGGCUGGGGAACGGUAUGUCUACAAAUUUGUCUGUGACCCAGAUGCCCUUUUCUCCAUGGCUUUCCCGGAUAAUCAGCGUCCUUUCCUGAAGGCAGAAUCCGAAUGCCCCCUUAACGAGGAGGACACCCUGCCACUGACCCACUUCGAGGACAACCCUGCUUACCUCCUGGACAUGGAGCGCUGCGGCAACCUCCCCUAUGCUGAAGGCUUUGCUUACUAAGUUUCUGAGUGGCUUAGCUGCCAAACCCUAGAGCUAGCAGUUCCCAUUCAGGCAAACGAGGGCAGUGGUUUUGUUUGUGUUUUUGGCUGUUCCUAAAGCUUGCCCUUUGAGUAUUAUCUGGAGCACCCAGGCCAUCUCUGGACUGACACCCUUAAAAGACAAAUCCCUUGGCUGGGGGUGGGUGGUGGGAACAGGGAGAGGUGGCAAUCCACCAGGCAGCUGGUGCCUCGGCUCUGGUUCUGAUGAGAUUCCUGGGGAGAUACGGAAAGCGAGCCUCCUUAUCAUGGACAAUAUAUGCAAAGCAAUACCUUGUUCAGGUUAGUGCCCGCAGGUUGGGACCGAGUGUGUGACAGUCUGCAUUGAUCACAAACUACUAAAUACCUUUACAUAGAAGGGCUUAGACUUGCACAACUUAUUUGGAAGAAAUAACACACCGGGUCAUAGAUAGUAGGUAGACUGAGAUGGGGAGGCUCAAGACCAUUUAGGCUUGAAAUUUACAGAGCUCUCCAAGCUCUGAAAUGCUCCCCUCAGUCCAGAACAAGGGAGGGGAGAACAGCUGCUGCCCACUGCAUGGUUCUCAAACACUGCUACUUGUGGUAACUUUGCAGCCAUGGGAUCACCAAGCAGAGCAAGCCCUCUCUUCUCUUCCCAGUCUCAUGGCUGAAUGCAGAGGGCUUUCAUUUUGGAAGGACAAUUAACACUUUUGACAGUAUUUUGUUUUGCUUAAGAUUCUGAAGGAUUGUUUUGUUUUGAUGGUUGUUUUUGGAAAAACAGUUUAUAUAAACUGAUUUUUUGUAGUUUUGGUAUUUAAAGCAAAAAAAUAAAAUAAAAUAAAAAAUCUUUUGGUAACUGUGCACUGUGUCCCUUAGGCAGGGCCGUGCUGACCAAGAUGCUGCAGCUUGAGGGGGCCUCCCCUGAGCCUGCUAUGUCGCCUGCUUGGUGCUGUGUGCGCCAGACAGCCUAGUAAAACAUUUGCACCUGAGUUGUACAUUUUCGACGUGUGCAGGGCAGCCUGGACACAAGCUUAGACUCCAUGUGUAUAGUUCCCGCGUUCACUAACACGCCCUCUCUGGGAAGUAGAUGUACAUAGUACACGUCGUGUCCAUUUGCAGCCUGGUCACCUGCUGGGAACCCUCGGGACUCCCACCUAGCUAUGACUGAUGACAAUUUCUAUGUCAUCAGUUUGAUUUCUUUUCCUUUUGCUUUACAUUUUGGAGCUUAAACCCUGCGUGAUCGUUGUGUGGGGUUUUGGAAUUUAAGCCCUGCGUGAUCAUUGUGUGGGGUUUGAGGCUUGCGUAUGACAUGGACAGGUUCAAAACAGCACUAGCGUUCUGCUUUCCUGCUACUUAAAAAAGAAAAGUUUAUUCUUAUUGCUGUAUUAUAUCAGGAAAGUUUGAUACAACCAAACAAAAGUUAUGUGAACGUUGAGUUCAGAGUAGAGAAGUCACCCAGAAAUGGGGGUACCUUGCUGCCUGCUGCUCUGUGGGUGGAAGUCCGUGCUCCCCUUGACACCCUGCGCACAUGAAGGUGUGAGCUGCUCCUCCUCUUGCGGGACCCCCUGCUGACCCUGAGUGAGAGACUGCUUCCAGUUGCUUUUCUGUUAAAGGAGCACUCCAUAGUCCCUCUUAGGACAAGCAGCACGUUUGUGAAGGGGUUCACAGGCAUAAGGGGUGUGCUUUAUAGUUAGGGAAACAUGUUGUUUUCCUCUGUCAGAAGCUGAUCAACCACAGAGGUGUCAAACCCAAAGCUUGGGCCUUAAUGAGCAUUGUACUACAAUCAAAGGACUCCUAAACCGCAUUUAUAGCUUUCUAAUCUACACAUAGUCCAUACAUAGAUGCAUUUCUCCCCCAGCUGGCUAGAGAUUUAUUUGUUGUAAAUGCUGUAUAGAUUUGUUUUUUUCUUUCUUUACUUAUCCUGGUUUGGGAUUUUUUUUUUUUUUUAUGAAUUUAUGCUGUUAGCAAGUCAGGAAAGAAUCGUCUAUAUCCUGAACUGUUCCCCCUCCCCUGCUGUAACCGUGUGGCCUGUGCAGUCAUGGGACAUAGGACAGCGGUGUCACUGUUGCAUUCCCAUUGGACUCGUGAACCGCCCAGAUGGUGUUUUUAUUUUCUUCAGGGUUGGGGGAAUUGUUUCUUUGCUUUUAUUUCCCCCCACCCCAGAGUGUGGAAAAGUCUACAGUGUAGAAAGGCUUUAACCUGCCGGUUGAUUUGAAACACUUCCCCCUGCGCAGGGCCGCGUGCACCCUGCCCAGCUGCGUUAUAUUCUGUACUGUGUACAAUAAACAAGUUUGCUUUUCGUUUA